CAGGAUGUGGCAAAGAAGGUAUUCUCGAUGCAAGAAUAUUCAGAAGAAUUGAUAAAUUCCUUUAGACAAGAGCAACUGGGAUUUUUUCCCCAAAGCACGGAUAUAGUUUAUUGGCGUCAGCUCUAUUAGUGAUGGCAUUGGCAAUUUUAAUUCAAGUGUUGUUCCACUAAUACAGCAACGCAACUUUUCCAGGACAUGUGGUGAUAGCAGGGAACUGUGAAGAUCAAUGCAGCUGACGUUGACAUAAUCGCUAAUGAACUUGAGGGAGGUCAGCUUAUGCCAUGUGCUUGAACGCAUUUAUUCUCACUGGCCUGAGCUUUCUAGUAGUGUAUGGUAAAAUCUGAGAACGGCUGGAUCGGAAGGUGGCUGAAAGGACCUUAUGCGAGCAUAAAGGUCUUCUCAGCUUUUGGGUUUGUUCACAAGAUUACUACCUUUCAGAAAACUGCUGGAUUCCAGGCCCUGGUGCAAUUUUCAAAUGCCGAAACUGCUUCUUCUGCAAAAAAUGCCCUUGAUGGAAGAUGCAUUCCUAGCUAUUUGCUUCCUGAGCACAUGGGGCCAUGCACCCUCGGAUCACAUAUUCAGCCCACACAUAUCUCGUGUGUGAAAUUCCAGAGCCAUCGGAGCAGGGACUACACUAAUCCAUACCUUCCUGUUGCUCCAUCUGCUAUAGAUGGCAGUGGUCAGUUGAGUGUUGGCUUGGAUGGGAAAAAAUUAGAACCUGAGAGCAAUGUCCUUCUCGCAUCAAUAGAGAAUAUGCAGUAUGCAGUAACAUUGGAUGUUCUUCACAUGUCUUUUCAGCUUUUGGACCCGUACGUGAAGAUUGCCAUGUUUGACAAGAAUGGAGGGGUCCAAGCAUUGAUUCAAUACCCUGGUUAG